CCGCCGGACUGCGCCUGCGCUCUGGCAGCGCCGCUCAUUCACUCAGCUGCUCUCCUCUCGCUGAGGUUCUGUGUGAAGGCCGUGUGCAUGGCACCGUCUCCGGAGUCGGGCUGUAACGCACGGGAGAUACACAAAUCGCCCCAGAACUCGUCCCCACUCUUUCCAGUCAUCAUACCCGUGUGUUUGUGAGGUCUCUUAGGGGAGCGAAGCAUCUUCCGGCUCGGAGCAGGUCAAGGAUGUACCAGAGCCGGGGAGAGUGCUGUGCACAGGUCGGGGCCGCCUUGCAGUACUGAACAGACACCGAGGAGAGUUCGCUCGGCAUCGGCGUGUGAAGUAGGAGGAGGGGGGAGGGAGGGUAGGGGGAGGCGCUGCUCGGUCCUGAGGGGCCGCUGAGCGGCUGCGGCCUAGUCACCGUACGUGUCCAGCCCGCCCUCACGUUCAGCCCACGGAGACCCUCCCCGCUCCGUCUCUCCCUGCCUGCCUCCCUCCCUCCGCACCACCAUCACCGUCAUGGCAGAGGAGCAGCCGCCGCCGCCGCCGCCGGAGCGGGAGCCCCAGCCGCAGAUCCGCCGUGCGGAGGGCAACUGCGCUUUGCCCAGCCUGGUGGCAGGGCUGGCGGAGUCGGAAGCGAGUGCACUGCAGCAGAAACUGAAGAACUCCAUCUGCAAAACUGUACAAUCAAAAGUGGACUGCAUUUUGCAAGAAGUGAUGAAGUUUACAGAUCUAGAAAAACUCUACCUCUACCUUCAGUUGCCUUCUGGUCCCAGCAAUGGAAACAAAAGCAAUCCGAACUCUUUGUCAUCUAGUCGCACCCAACAAAUGCAUGCAUGUAACUGGAUCCGAAAUCACUUGGAGGACCACCCAGAUACUUCACUGCCUAAGCAAGAAGUUUAUGAUGAAUACAAAGGUUAUUGCGACAAUCUUGGAUAUAACUCUUUAAGUGCAGCUGAUUUUGGGAAGAUCAUGAAGAAUGUCUUUCCAAACAUGAAGGCCCGGCGUCUAGGCACAAGAGGCAAAUCUAAAUAUUGCUAUAGUGGUCUGAGGAAAAAGGCUUUUGUUCACAUGCCAUCACUACCAAGCCUGGAUUUUCACAAAACUUCUGAAGGGUCUGAAGGAAUAGACUGUGCAGGCCACUUACAAAGUAUUGAUGAAGAGGUCAGAUCUGCGGCUUGCAGUCUAGUGUGUGAGUGGGCCCAGAAAGUAUUAAUCCGCAAAUUCGAUUCUGUGGUCGAUCUAGCUCGCUUCCUUGUUACCAGCCACUAUAUUGGCACUAAAUCCGUGGCUGCAUUGUCUGUGAUGGCCGGUGCACCAUCAGGAGGGAAACAACCAUCUGCUUUUGUGCCUAUGGCUGAAAGCAAUGCUUUUCAGCCCCAGGUGAAGACUUUGCUUUCACCAUCAAUAGAUGCCAAACAACAAUUACAGCGUAAAAUUCAACAAAAUACGUUAAAGAAACAGCAAGAACAGAAACUUCAGUCUCCACUUCCAGGUGAACAAGUGAAGAAGAUAGAGGGCCCGGCUGUUGGAGGAGUAGCUAGCAUUGCCAAUGGAAGCCCUGCUUUGCUUUCACCACAACCUACCAUUGGCAUAGUGGUGGCAACAGUACCCAGUCCUAUCCAAAUGCAGAGAAGCCGACAGAUGAUGACAUCACCAAGUCCACUGGGUCCAUCAGAGAGCAAGGUCCUUCCUCUGAAUGUUCAAGUUGUUGCUCAACAUAUGCAAUCAGUCAAACAGCAGCAGAAGACUAUACAGAAUAUCCCUGCAAGCCCACAUAAUGAUCGCUCAAGACCUCGAUAUCAUCAAAUCUUGCCUAAGCCACCCUCCACCAACACGCUUACUCUCACGUCUCCAACUAGGGUACUUUUGGCUAGUAGUAGUCCAAUUAAAACCGUUAUGUCUGGAACGUCUCAUGCAAGCUCUUUGAAUAUGGUAAAGAUGACAACAAUAUCUCUCCCUCCCAAUACUGGUGCAUCCCCCAAGUCUACGUCAUCAGUGAGUACUAGUAGUGGAACAACAGAAAAAGUAAAAUCUGCAUCAGCUCUGAGAGUUGGGUCAACUUCUCUUUCUGCAGUUGGAUCCAGAACAAGUAGUAUAACAACAACACCUACUGCCGAAGUCAUCAAAUCUGAACAGGAAGCAAUAUCAAAUGAUGAAAAGCAGCUUCAGUGCCAAGACCAAUCAAGAAACUUGAAGGAUCCUAGAAGAGUUGCUGGUUCUUCUCCAUCUGGGCAAAAAAGUAAUAGUGAAGGUGCAGCAAAAGUGAAAAUGUCAAAUGGGAAAAUAUCUACUGAAAAGGCAGCUAAAGUCUGUAAUGGUCAAAAAACUGAAGGAAAAAAAAGCAAAAAUGAAGGCAAGUUUGUACCCAAUGAAAAUCUGGCUCUUUCAGUAGCAGGAAAUAACCAAAAUGCUUUUGUUGUUUCUUCUACUUCAACUUUGUCAAGCACCAUCACUAUUUCCAAAUCCAGUGCUGAUAUUGCCAGGUCUCAUAAAGACAAUGGGAUGUGCCCAAAAAGUCCAAGGAAACGGUCUCCUUCAAAUUCUGUGUCUGAACCACUGGUGCCCCCUGUGAAAAAAGCACUGGUUUUAGAACCUACUUUGGAUAAUGCAGAACAUCAGAAGCCCUGCCCUGCUACUACAGCAAUGACACCUCCAAAACCCUCUGCAGGUGUACUAGUGAAAAAUGAGAAAACACCAGCAAUGGUUCAUACACCUAGUAAAAUUACUGUUAAACUGAAUACAACAGGGAUAACUCGUAUAUUAGCCAAUCCUACAUCUGAUACUCAAGUGUUCACCCUGGAUUGCAUUCGGACUUCUACAGAAGAAACGUCCACUUUUCAGGAAAAUAAGACUGAGGACUUGGAAAGGAGCUUGUUGACAUUACAGGCAAACAACUCAAGUACAAAGCUGACAAUUGAUAAUACUGACAUUCAGCUUAUCAAGAAGAAUCACCAAUGCUUUUUAACUGAUGCAGAAAGGCAGCCAGCAUUAAAUGCUAGUGUAAUAGGGAAUUCAGGGACCGUUGAUUUUCAAGAAUCUGCAUGGGAGCCAGCACAAUGUAAUGGGUUGGAUCAGCAGUUGUAUGAUCAACAAAUGCACAUUCAAAACCAGCUUGAAAAUUCUACUUUGGUUCAGCUGCAAGGACAAAAUCAAAUACAAUUGUCAAACCAGUUACCCCUCCCAGAUAAUUUGAUGGAUCUCACUGCUUCAAGUUCACAAACCAAUGAGAACUACCUUCGGUUUGAUGAUGACCUUACACAGGACAGUAUUGUAGAAGAGUUAGUGUUAUUUGAAGAGCAAAUGUCCCUGAAUGUUGAUUAUGGAUCUGGGUUGGGAUUUCCUGCUCAUGGUCAUUCUGCAGGAAGUCAGAAUACACUAAUGUCAUCCCAUCAAACCAGUCAGUUCUAUCAUCCAAUCCACAGCAGUGGCACUCCAACCCCAACUCCCACUCCAACGCCAACUCCAACACCUAAUCCAACGCCUACAUCAGAAAUGAUUGGCUCCCAAACAUGUUCCAGUCCUAGCUCCAGGAUGGCUCAAACUACUCCAGUUGAUAGUGCUCUUGGCAGCAGCAGACAUACACCGAUUGGAACACCUCAUUCAAACUGUAGUAGUAGUGUGCCCCCAAGCCCUGUUGAGUGCCGGAACCCUUUUGCUUUUACUCCAAUAAGCUCCAGCCUAGCCUACCAGGAUGCCAGUAUAAUUUCUAGCAGCCCUGUUAAACCGAUGCAAAGACCAAUGGCCACUCACCCAGACAAGACAAAAAUUGAAUGGAUGAAUAAUGGAUACAACACUGGAAUAAGCAGUUCAGCAUCAUCGACCAAUGCUGUUGGUAUUCUUCCUAGUUAUCAGAAGCUUACGGAGGAUCACUUUAGAAAACCACAUGCCUUUGCAGUUCCUGGACAGACAAUGCAGUCGUAUCACCAUAAUGCUGUGCAGUUACAGUCCAGGCAUCAUGACACUCAUUUGGGCCGCAUUACUCCAGUUUCACCCAUACCACACCAAGCAACUUCAGUGGCUAAUGGCAAUAAGCAGGAGGGAUUUGCAGUUCCAGCACCUCUUGACAACAAAGGAAUGCAUUCGUUGAUCAAUAAUUUUAGGUGUCGCAGUGUCAGUCCUGCUGUUCGUCAACGUAAUCUUAGUGGAAGCACAGUUGGUCCACUGAUAAAUCUGCCAAGAACAAGUUUGGCACCUUUUGGAAGCCCAGUGACACCUGAGGUUCACAACACAUUUGUUAAUAAUAUUUCAGAUGAUAGUGCCAACAGCAUUGCUCAACGAAGCCAAUCUGUCCCUUUGUCUGUGAUGAUGCAGACUACUUUCCCAUCUUCCCAGAAACAAACUAACACUAAAAAGAUUACAAAUGUGUUGUUAAGUAAACUUGAUUCUGAAGGUGAUGAUGCAGUGAGAGGCUUGGGAAUAAACAACUUGCCCUCCAAUUAUACAGCAAGAAUGAAUCUUACUCAAAUAUUAGAGACAACAGCUUCUUUUGGUAGUGCCAACCAGCAACCAGUGAUUAACCCAAGCUCUUCUGUCUUUGAAUUCCAAAAGCCCAGUUAUGUAGCAAAACACAUCAAUAAUGAUCAGAUGGGUUAUAUUUCUGAAGAUAAUCAAGCACAAACAGAAUCCAGAGUGCAAUCAUUGGACUUCAACAGUACAGUCAAAGAUUUUUUGGCUGAAGAUAGCCUGCAGCCAAACCAGCAAGUGGUUGGUCAAGUAUCAUCAGAUCUAAAUGUUGCUUCUGAUUUCUCCAGUGAUCUCAGGUUACCUGCAGAGCUUUCGGGCAGCAUAAAUGAUCUGAGCACUUUAGACACAAAUCUGCUGUUUGACCCAAGUAAACAACAGGGGCAAGAUGUUGAUACGACACUGGGGGAACUAAAUGAUGAUGCAGUAUUCCAGCAGAUUUGUAAUGAGUCCAUGAAUCCCAUGCAGUCUUCAAGUUUUGAUUGGAUGGAAAAUAAAGAUCACCCUACAGUUGAAAUGUUGGGUUAAAUCAAAGAGUACUGUUAAAUAUAUAGCACACAUUUCAUUUUCUGAGUCAUUAUAUUUGGCCUAAUAGAUGUGCCUGCCUUAAGAAAAAACAUUUGUUCCUAAACAAGUGUAUUCCAGGAGGAAAAAAAACAACUAUUUUCCAUAUUUAAGUUCUAUUAACCUUGUGUCCAUAAUUUCAUUUUAAGUGCCAGCAUUUGACAUAAUUCUGCAUGGUUUAUUGCAAGUGCAUGUAUAUAUGUACCAUCCAUUUAUGGAAUUAGGUAUACUUACAAGCUCGGCUGCUAUCAAUAGAUAGAUUACUACAGUAAACUCUAAAUGCAGUAGAGCCUCUGAACUCAACAGCACUAGAUAAAUAAUGGUAAGAAGAGAUCCUACUCAAUUCAGGUGUAUUAGUCUGGACUUCAACUAUUUGAGUUAUUUGUCUAUAAUUUGAGCCCAUCAUCAUUUUCUAAGGUGCAGCAUAAUUUAUCUUUACUGCUUCAUUGUGGCUUUUCUUUAAAACUAGUCACUGUGAGUGGUGGUUGCACAUUAAAAUGAUGAAUUUUCUGUAACAAGCAGCAAUAUAUAUAUAUAUAUAGACCCAUUGUUGUCUCAACCACAUUUGCUAAUAUUCUUUUGCCCAGUAUUUCUCAUUGGAAUCAUAUAGAACUAGGCAUUACAAACAGUACUAAAAAACUCUCUAAUAUCAGUAGGAAGUAUGAGAUACAAUCCUUAUUCAUGCUAUUAUUCAAACUAUCUAGCAUUGUAUUCUAAAUCUGAUGCCUGAAGGUGUCUAUAAAGGAUAAAAUAAUAGCAGAGUCUUAAACAGCAAACCGAUUGCAGAAUUAUCUAGCAAAUUGUAUACAAUUUGUAUACAUCAUACUGUCAGCAGUAUGAUGUUUGCCUUUUAAAAUAAAGGCAUUCAGCACCUCCAUAAUUUUGGUAAAGUCUGCAUAUUAGUAUAUUGUGCAGAUAUUUACUCCCUUGAGACAUUUUUAUCAUAUCGUCUUCAUGUUGAAUACAUGCUGUGUAAGCAGGUUAACAACAAUGUCAAUGAAGUACACACAAGAAUUAAACAUGAACCUAGGUUAAAUAGAUUUUGUAUUCUUUGUAUUAUUCCUAAAGGGUAUACUGUAUUUGGAGGGAAAAUUGGUAGCUACCUCCUGAUGGUAAAACAAUUAAUAGUGGUAGUUAUUUAAGAACAAGGUGUCUACAUAAUUCAAAUUUUACUAAGUUGAUUUAAGAUGGUUCCCUAUAGAAAAUAAGAUACGAAAAUAUCCAGAAGUACCUUCCUUUUGUCCCAAAUAUGGCAUACCAACAGACAUUUUGGGCAGUCCACUACAGGCAAAAGAAACAAGUUGGAAAAUGGGAGGGUGCUGAUUCAAAAACUUCCUAAAUGAAUUAUAUCGCUUCAACUUUGAUUAAUUUUUAAUCUAAUAGGAUUGGUUUUUAACUGACCCCUAUUGCAACUUCCUUGUCCUUUUAUUUACUACUUUCCAUAGGGGCCAUUCUGUUAAAGACUAUACACCUUUCCAAGUUGCAUUUAACCACUAAACGAUGUGAUCUGGAAGCAAACUUAAAUAGAUUCCACUUUUUAUUUUGUUUUGGCCAUUCACACCAAACAAAAGGCUAGUAACUUUCGACAAGCUUUUCUUAUAUAGCUUAUCAUCAGAACACAGAAGGGAGGGACAAAUUGUGAUUUAAAUAAGGAGUAAACCGGCUCAUGCAAUGUGGAUGGCCUGGUUUAUUGUAGGUAAUGCAACUCAUUGAAGAGUUUGGAACUUCUUAUCUGGAAUUUUUUAAAGCAACCUGGUUGAAAAUAAUGUAAUCAAGAAAACAUUUCAGAUAGAAGUGUGAAUAUAGAAAUUGGUUUUGUGGAUUGCUCUUUUCGUUAGCUGGUGCAGGUACAAUUGGCAUAAUGGUCUCAGCUGAUGUAAAAUGUGGUUCUCUUGGGUGUAUUUGAAUUAAUUUCAGAUUCCCUGAAUUAUGUGCAGGGUAUCACUGACUCCCACUGGAGAACUGAAUAUUUUUCACCAACAAAAUUGAAAAUGGCUGUUUCAGCACAAAUACUAUGAACCCAAAGUUUACUUGAUUCCUACAAAUUAGUGAUACAUCCCUAAUUAAAUUCACUCAUCCACAAUUUACGUACCUGUGACCACUAGAGGGUGCAACCUUUUAUGCUGACUUAACUUUUCAAGUUUAUGUUCCAAGUGAAGUCUUCCAAGAUAAUUAUGAAUUCUAGGAAAUGCAAUUAUAAUUCCAAAAUCAAUGAUGUUAAAGAUGGCUUAAACUACUGAAUUGUGUCUCUUUUGACUUUUGAGGGUAACCAUAUUGAUAGUCUGACAUAAUAUCUAUGUUGUCACUGGAAUUUGUUUACUUCAUCAUCAAAGUACAAUUACAAUAGUAUUGUCACAAACUGUUAUUGCUUUAUUUUCCCCAUUUUUAGUAAUGGAAUUGUCUGAUGAUCUACAGGUUAUAUUCUUCAUUUAAACUAACCCUCUUGACUAUAUUGAUACUCAUUCAAGUUGCAGAGUUAAUUUGUUGAUCAUGAAACAUAUGCCUGUGGAUGUCAGAAAUAUCAACCAGUGUAUAAAUAUCAUACCUCUAGCGCAUUUCAAACCUCCAUUUUAAAAGCUUGGACAGCUAGUUUGUAAGGAUAGGUGUAUUGUAGCAAAGGAGUCUUUGUCUUGUGGGAAUGAAUGAUAUUAUAAGUGGGUAAAAGCACAUUGCAAUUCUAGCUCUGAAGCUUUUUCUUCAUCUAUACGGAUGGAAUCAAGAAGUAAACUGUCCUUUUUAAUAAGUUACAGGGUCUGGCAGUGCAGCAGUUAUGGAUCAGCUGCCAGGUUUCUUGACUAUUGAUUCACAGAUGUGAGCUUUAAUUCCAUCACAGUAGCUGGGAACUUAUAUUCAAUAACAAAAUAAAUAGACAAUAAGUGCAGGAGUAGGCCAUUUGGCCCUUCAAGCCAGCACCGCUCAAUGAGAUCAUGGCUGAUCAUCCACAAUCAGUACCCCGUUCCUGCCUUCUCCCCAUAUCCCUUGACUCUGCUAUCUUUAAGAGCUCUAUCUAACACUUUCUUGAAAGCAUCCAGAGAAUUGGCCUCCACUGCCUCCUGAGGCAGAAUAGAUCCACCACUCUUUGGGUGAAAAAGUUUUUCCUGAUCUCCAUUCUAAAUGGCUUACCCCUUAUUCUUAAACUGUGGCCUCUGGUUUUGGACUCCCCCAACAUCAGGAACAUGUUUCUUGCCUCUAGCGUGUCCAAUCCUUUAAUAAUCUUAUAUGUUUCAAAUCAAAGUUGGUUUCAGGAACAGUAACCUUGAGACUGCUGGGUUAACAUUAAAAACUUGUUUGGUUUACUAAUGGCCUUCAAAUUAACACAGCAACAUGUAACUUUUGCAUCAUUAAAAGUUAGCAAUCUAAAUUGUCUGCAUCCCAAGGACAAAUAGAAGUAAUUUAAAUUUCAGAAGCAAUGAAAGAAAUGUAAAAAUUGUCUGUUUGUUUCCUAUUACUCCGCAUCAUAUUGCCUUCUGUAUUCCCAGAUAUACUUCUCCAGCCAAGUCAGGCAUAACACUUCUCAUGCUAACUGGAAAGUACUGAGAAGAGGAUCUGGAGUUCAAUCUCCAGCCAGUUUUCUCAUGAUGUAGAACCUGAAAUACCUUACAUUUAACCAUUCACUGGUGUACUUUUGAAGGGGUGGACCUUAAAUGUAUUUUUGCUGUCAUUUCAUCUUUAAAAUAAUGGAUUGAAAAAGAAUGAAUUGCUAUUGUAUACACAAUUUGUGGAAACUACUUAUUCUUGUUCUCAACAAAUCAGCAGAUUUUCUUUGCAUUACCUUCUCAAUAUUUCUAUUCUGUCUGUGCUGCUCAAAAUUCCCAGGUAGUCAAUAUUUCAAUGUCUUAAAGUCAUAUUUGUAUUUUAUACUGUUUAUUUAAAUUUAUUUUUGAAAGUUUUUGUCCCUUCCCUUAUCCUCUUUUCUGUCAGGUGUACAGUCAACCUAUGGGCCUUAGUUGUUCAUAUCCCAAUAGUACAUUGCUAUUUUAAGUGGGCCAGUUAAUUUGCCUUGAGGGUCAAAAAAUGUUUUGUGGGGUGGCCAAUAAAUGCAUCAAAUGUGUAUACAAUAAAAUCACAGUUCUAGAAUUUUAAAUUUCAUCAAUGUAUAUAAAAAAUUAUCUGUCAAAAUGCCUGUACUAUAUCCAAAUGAUACUACUUUGAUAUUUAAACAGAAUUGUUGGUUGAUGUUCAACAGAAACAAUUAACUAAAAUAAUGAACAAAUUUAUUUAAAUAUGCUGGUGCCAUUUAACCAAAAUUUUCAGACUCUAGUUUCAUAAAUUUCUAUAAGGAAAAACUAUUGAUGAUUUUUAAUAUAAAGAAAUAUACAAAACUAGUAACCAAGGGCAACCAUGUUAAAUUAAAUGUAUUUUCUGUAAAGUUUUGCAUCUCAGGAUGAGAAUAUUUUUUACAUUCUGUUGUAAAGAAAGAAAAUCAGACUUCUCGUAAAUAUAGAGGAAAAAACUUACAGGGACUGAGGUAUUUCUCAUUUAACAAUGGGAAAUCUUUCUUAGAAGUCAGUGGUUAAAGUACUUAAAAUGGCCAGUGCAUCAAUGGAUUUGAUGUUGAACUCUCUUGAACAGAAAUUAAUAAGGAAGUCCUUUGAUGAAAAAAAUAAUGAAGAUGACGAUCAUUGGACUUGGAAAAUGAUGAGCUAAGUAGCCAGUUGGAGGGAGGGGUUCAGAUAUAGCAGUGUUUUAUUUUAAUUCUGUCCAAUAUUUUCAGACAAUAGUGUUUUCUAGAGCAUUCUAAAAGUGACCUGCGUGUGUGGACAAGUGGGUGAACUGAAAAGCUCAUGAAAACGUUUGACGUUUUUCAUUCAUAUAUCUGUCUCUUUUCUAUAAUUAUUUUUAUGAUUGCUUUUAAUAAAUGCACUUAAUAGUAGUCUCUCAAGUUUGAUCCUUUGGAUUUGUUAUUUUAAUUCUGACGUAGUACUUGUCACAUUGCUCUGGAGAUUCUGGACCAUUGGCCCAGAAACAAUCAACAGAGCUCAGAUAGACUUAGUCUAGCUGAAACAGCACUGAACUUAACAUUGCAUAGUUUGCAGCAAAAGAUUCAUGCAUAGAUUUGCACCUCAAAUAUAAUUGGAGAUGCUUUUAAUAUAGGUAUGUUAUCAAUUUGGAGCUUAGUGGACAUUUGCACUAGAUAUCUAAAGGGAGCUUCUGGCCUGGCACAUCUCUUAGUACAAAUGGUAAUUGUUACGCAAAGUAAGUUUUCAUUGGAAUUGAUUUUAGAAAGUGUGUUCAUAUACAAGGUGAAAUGUCAUUGUGAAAUGACAUUUUGAUUGUUUUAUGUAGCAAUGUAUAUUGAUCUCAAUGAGAUAAUUGUUUUACUUAAUUCUCUUGUAGGAGAAUAUUAAAACGAAAAUUUAAAGUUCAAUUUUUCUUCACCAUGUUAAUAAAUGAUCACAAGUGUGCAUGUAUGUUAUUGAAUUAUAUUGUACAGUGCUAGUUAUAUUCCAGUAACCACUUUUUGCUGAUAUAGAUCUGGAUCUUUAACAACCAGGAUCCUCAAUUAACAUAUAACAAGUUACGUACCUUUUCUGAAGUUUACUGAUUCAUCUUGGAAAUGUUGAAUAUGUUAUCAAUUUUGUUCCGUUGAUUUGGGGAAUUAAUAUUUGGUAAACUAUUGUGGAAAAAGAUGCUACAGUAAUUUGCUAUACAUAUAUUUUUGCAAAAUAAAUUGCCAUUCAUGUGAGCUGAUUGAAAAUUUGGUUUCAGCAACCAUAAUUGAUACACAUCAAGUGAAACUACAAACAAUGAAUCCCAACUCCUUAUGACAUCACAACGUAAUGCUGGCCUGUACCACAAUUUUUAUUUAGUGUAGAAUUUUUUUAAUGGUAUUUGUGUGUGGAACUGCUGAAAAAUAAAAUCAGUAGUGCAAUAAUGUUGAAAUAGCAUUUCAGAUUAGCUUUUUUUUUUCUUAUUGAUGAAAGUGCUCACAGAUAUUGUUGAAGUUUUGUAAAUGGUUUCAAAAGCCAAUAAAAAAAAACCCAUUUUGUACCACA